UUUUAACGCUGAGAAUUAAGAGCACGAUAUCGAUUUAAUAUUAAAAGAAAAACUAGUACAUAUUCGUAGAAGAGAGCCAUGAAAAAGAAAAAAAGUAGAAAAGCUUGUAAAAGGAAAGGGUAGUGAAAAUAAAAUCUCUCAAAUAAUGAAGCAGAGAGAGACAGUGAGAGAGGCAUAUUUGAUUUGGAUAUUUGUGAUGAAAGAGAGAGGGAAUAAAGAAGAAUCCCAAUGCUAAAAGCUGAGGUUACUGUUGUCACUCCCUGGCCUCUGUUUUGUUUUUAAAAAAUUGAAAUCCCCACUCUCUCUCCUCCAUUCUCGUCUUCUUCUCCCAUCUCCAUUUCCAUUCUUUUUUUUUGAGUCUCCAGAACAAAAACAAAAACAUCAUCGACCGAAUCCAACAAAUGAGAGACAAGUCAGAGAGCCAUCCUUCGACAAACUCCGAGGACGACCACCGAUCCUCCCCCUUGCUGGAUCUGGCGUGUGCCGAAAUCACCGAAUCCUCCAACAGCAAGACCCGAACCUGCGGCCCGUUUCCUGGUUCGGGCCCCUCCGAGCCUCAGGCUCCGUUCCCGGACCAGGUCCUCGAGAACGUCCUUGAGAACGUGCUCCACUUCCUCCCCUCUCGCCGCGACCGCAACGCCGCCUCAUUGGUUUGCCGCUCCUGGUACCGUGCGGAGGCCCUCACCCGAUCCGAGCUCUUCAUCGGCAACUGCUACGCGCUCUCCCCCACUCGCGCCACCGCCCGCUUCACGCGCGUCAUGUCCGUCACCGUCAAAGGGAAACCCCGCUUCGCCGACUUCGAUCUGAUGCCUCCCGAUUGGGGGGCCCACUUCGGCCCGUGGGCCUCUGCUUUGGCCCAGGCCUACCCCUGGCUCGAGAAGCUCCACCUCAAGCGCAUGUUAGUCACCGACGCCGACCUCGCCCUAAUCGCGGACUCCUUCGCCGGUUUCCGCGAACUCGUCCUCGUUUGCUGCGAGGGCUUCGGAACUCCCGGCCUCGCCGCCGUCGCCUCCAAGUGCAGAUUGCUGAGGGUGCUUGAGCUUGUGGAAUCUGUGGUGGAGGUUGAGGACGAUGAGGAGGUGGAUUGGAUUUCGUGUUUUCCCGAGACUCAAACCAAUAUGGAGUCUCUUGUGUUUGAUUGUGUUGAGGUUCCUAUUAAUUUUGAGGCUUUGGAGGGUUUGGUGGCUAGGUCGCCUCGCUUGAAGAAGCUUCGAUUGAACCAAUUCGUCUCCAUGGCUCAGCUAUAUCGUCUGCUGCUUCGAGCUCCGCAGCUUACUCAUCUUGGAACGGGUUCUUUCAGUGCUACUGAGGCUGGGGUGGUCGGGGACCAGGAGCCGGAUUACGCGGCCGCAUUUGAGGCUUGCAGAUCCCUGGUUUGCCUGUCUGGAUUCAGAGAGAUUUGGGCAGAUUACCUUCCCGCGAUUUAUCCAGUCUGUGCGAAUCUGACGUCCUUGAAUUUGAGCUAUGCUGACAUUAACACGGAUCAGCUGAAGUCGGUUAUUUGCCACUGCCAUAAGCUGCAGAUAUUCUGGGUACUUGAUUCGAUACGUGAUGAGGGGCUUCAGGCGGUGGCUGCAACUUGCAAGGACUUGCGCGAGCUUCGGGUUUUUCCUAUGGACGCGAGGGAGGAGACUGAUGGGCCUGUUUCUGAGGUGGGGUUUGAAGCGAUUUCUCAGGGUUGUAGGAAGUUGGAAUCGAUUUUGUUUCUCUGCCAGAGGAUGACUAAUGCGGCUGUGGUGGCUAUGUCAAAGAACUGCCCGGAUCUUGUGGUGUUUCGUCUAUGUAUAAUUGGGCGGUAUAGGCCGGAUCCUGUGACUCAGGAACCCAUGGAUGAGGGUUUUGGUGCUAUUGUUAUGAAUUGCAAGAAGCUCACUCGGCUGGCUGUGUCUGGCUUGCUGACUGAUCGUGCUUUUGAGUACAUUGGGACGUAUGGGAAAUUGGUUAGGACGUUGUCAGUUGCCUUUGCUGGGGACACUGAUGUUGGCCUUAAAUAUGUGCUUAAAGGAUGCCCUAAUUUGCAAAAGCUUGAAAUCAGGGAUAGUCCUUUUGGGGAUGGAGCUCUGAGAUCCGGUUUGCAUCAUUAUUACAACAUGAGAUUCCUCUGGAUGUCGACUUGUAAAUUGACGCUCCAAGCUUGCCAAGAGGUUGCACGAGUAUUGCCUAACCUGGUUUUUGAAGUAAUUAACAACAGUGAGGAGAAUGCGGGUGAUGAAGUUGAGACAUUAUACAUGUAUCGGUCUCUUGAUGGGCCACGGGAUGAUGCUCCAAGAUUUGUUACCAUCUUGCAAUAGAUUUUUCUUUUUAAUUCAAGAAGAUUUUAGCUCUUUUCAACGAUGACUGGUCGAUGAAACAUAUGGAGCAGGGGAUUUUACAUAAACCUGCCAGAAGAUUUCUCUGCUGUCCAUGGCAAACAAAGUUAAGCUUCCAACUCCUGUUCUUGGUGUGGGCUGCAGUGAUGGCAGGCCACAAAGCUGCUAUUGGGGAGGGAGGUUGGGAAAAUUUCUCCAUAUGCCCUUUUUAUGUUAGAGGAUUAAGGAUUGAAAGAGGGAAUAGAAUAAUAGGAAGGGGGUAGGGGGAGGUUCAGAAAAUGAAGUCCUGCAGAAUUCAAUGUUGUUGUAUCGUCAAAGUUUAAGUUUAUGUAUUUUAUUUUUCUUUUAUAUUCAUUUAUAUCAUAUCGGAAAACUGCCCAAGGAGGGGGAAGUAGAUAUUGCUGAAGCUGCUGAGGAUUGGUUAAUAAGCCUUAUUUCAUUUCCUUGGUCAAAUAGAUGUACGUUGAGAGCAGAUUCAGAAGGAUCAAAUCAGAAGGUUUUGGAGAGGUGAUGUUCUCUAACUUAUCCAUCAUACCUUACCAGUAGAGAAGCAACAAAUGUGUAUUCACUUUGCAAGGAACUUAAUCUGUUUAUUUUGGAUUCAAACCAUAAUUAGUUGAAGCUUUGGCUUGCCCAGAAUCCAAACCCCAGACUGUGAUAUAAACCUAUCUCUGUCUCCCUAAUUUCAAAUGUUUUUUUUUUCCUUUCUUUUUUUAAUGUUCACGGUCCACGGAUGUGUUGCUGUAGGACCUGACUGUUGAAUUUAUUGUGAGAUGGUUAAUAAAUGCCUGAAUAUGCAUAUGGACCAUAUUGUGUCUAUAUCUCUCGUUUUCUGAA